UCAAGUCGAAAAUGAUAUGUACAGUCUUUAUACUUUUAACGGCUACGUUAGCGUGGUACUUGUACUGGAAAUCUACAUAUUGGAAAAGGAAUAAUAUUCCAACGGCCAAAGGAUGUUACCCGCUCUUUGGUCACAUGUUAUCCGUAAUAGCCAUGCAAAAAGCUCCGGGCGUACUAAUUGAAGAAAUAUACAAUGAGUACAAGGAUUGCAGCAUGAUUGGAUUUUACAAAGGAUUAGUGCCGGCAUUAGUUGUCCGCGACCCGAAUUUGGUGAAAUCCGUGAUGCAAACUAAUUUCUCGAGUUUUCCUAUAAACAGUUUCCAGAUUUUAGAGGAGGUGGAUCCCCUGUUAGCUCAAAAUACAUUUGUCGCCCACGGGGAAAAAUGGUUAAAUGGAAGGAAGCGAUUGACCUAUGCGUUCACAAGUGGCAAGUUGAAAAUUAUUUUCGUGGUAGUUGCCGAAGUAUGCAAGAAAUUCCAAGAUUACUUAGAGAGGCGGCUGAGCUCCAACGACAAGUACGAAGUUGAUCUGAAGUAUCUGUUCUCAAAAUUUACUGGCGAAGUUACGGCGAACGCUAGUGCGGGCAUCGAAGGGCGCUGUUUCGAGGACGUAGAUGAUCCUUUGGCGUUCGAUCAGAUCGGCCAGGCUCUCUUUCAACCGAAUUUCUUCAGUAGAAUUAUACUUAACUUUCUACUUCUAUUUCCCAGCCUGAAUCGUUUCGCAAAGAUCAAGUUCGUGAACGAGGAAGUCCAACAGUUGUUCAGAAAGAUGGUGAAGGAAAAUUUGGAACAUAGACGAGGGGAAUCAACGCCCCGGUACGACUNGCAGGGCAGUGAAGAGUCAUUCAAGUCGAAAAUGAUAUGUGCACUCUUUAUACUUUUAACGGCUACGUUAGCGUUGUACUUGUACUUGAAAUUCACGUAUUGGAAAAGAAAUAAUAUUCCAACGGCCAAAGGAUGGUACCCGAUCGUUGGUCACAUGCUACCCGCGUUAACCAUGCAAAAAGCUCCGGGCGUACUAGUUCAAGAAAUGUACCAGCAGUACAAGGAUUGCAGCAUGGUUGGAUUUUACAAAGGAUUAGUGCCGGCAUUAGUUGUCCGCGACCCGAAUUUGGUGAAAUCCGUGAUGCAAACUAAUUUCUCGAGUUUUCCUAUAAACAGUUUCCAGAUUUUAGAGGAGGUGGAUCCCCUGUUAGCUCAAAAUACAUUUGUCGCCCACGGGGAAAAAUGGUUAAAUGGAAGGAAGCGAUUGACCUAUGCGUUCACAAGUGGCAAGUUGAAAAUUAUUUUCGUGGUAGUUGCCGAAGUAUGCAAGAAAUUCCAAGAUUACUUAGAGAGGCGGCUGAGCUCCAACGACAAGUACGAAGUUGAUCUGAAGUAUCUGUUCUCAAAAUUUACUGGCGAAGUUACGGCGAACGCUAGUGCGGGCAUCGAAGGGCGCUGUUUCGAGGACGUAGAUGAUCCUUUGGCGUUCGAUCAGAUCGGCCAGGCUCUCUUUCAACCGAAUUUCUUCAGUAGAAUUAUACUUAACUUUCUACUUCUAUUUCCCAGCCUGAAUCGUUUCGCAAAGAUCAAGUUCGUGAACGAGGAAGUCCAACAGUUGUUCAGAAAGAUGGUGAAGGAAAAUUUGGAACAUAGACGAGGGGAAUCAACGCCCCGGUACGACUUUCUCGAAGUAAUGGUACAAUUCGAGAAAGAGGAAGGAAAACAGCUGUCUUUGGAAGCUCUCACUGCUGAUGUAUUAUCCUUUUUCCUCGACGGAUUCCAAACAUCAAGCACUACUCUCAGUUUCAUUGGAUUUCAACUGGCUACGCAUCAGGAUGUUCAAGAGAGACUACGAGAAGAAGUGAAGUCUGUUCUGAAAAAACACGGAGGUGUGUUAACGUUCGAAUCGCUGAAAGACAUGACUUAUAUGGACCAAGUAAUUAGAGAAUCGCAAAGAUGUUACGCGACAGUGAGUAACAUGAACAAAGUAUGUACAGAAGAGUGCACGUUGGAAGGAUCGGAUGGGCUUAAGUGUCGCGUGAAACCUGGCACCGAAAUUGUCAUACCCGUUUAUGGACUGCAUAAGGAUCCGACGUAUUGGUCCGAUCCGGAGACCUUUGAUCCAGAUCGUUUCAGCGAGGAGAGGAAGCACGAGAUUAAUAAGAUGACAUUCCUCCCAUUCGGCGAGGGGCCAAGGAUGUGCGUGGGAAUGAGAAUGGGACUGCUACAAGUUAAAUCUUGUUUGGCUACCUUGCUCAAAGGCUAUAAAUUGGAAUUGUCGCCUAAAACGAAACUGCCUUUCAAACUGCUGUCGUUCAUUUUUCUUACAGAAGCAGAAGGCGGACUUUGGGUA